AUGUCCUCCGCGACAGAAACAUUCUCUGCACCUGCAGAGGUCCACACCUUUGAUGGGCUUCUCUCCGACUUUGAUGGUACAAUUGUCGACUCUACAGAUGCAAUUGUCAAGCACUGGCACGAAAUCGGUGCCGAGCUGGGCGUAGACCCCAAGACCAUCCUAGCUACCUCGCACGGCCGACGCAGCAUUGACACUCUGGGACUAUACGACAAGACCAAGGCCAACUGGGAAUAUGUCAGCUAUAUUGAAGGCCGCAUCCCCCAAGAAUACGGCUCCGAUGCCGUCGAAAUCCGCGGGGGCCGUGACCUCCUCAACGCCCUCGACAACUCCUCCGCAAAAUGGGGCGUCGUGACAUCCGGCACUCGAGCCCUGAUUGACGGCUGGCUUAGCGUACUUGGCCUCACACACCCGAAGCACCUCGUCGUCGCCGAGGAUGUCGAGCUCGGCAAGCCGGACCCACAAUGCUACCAGCUUGGAGCGAAGAGGAUUGGGCUGGAGGGCUCGACGAACAUCGUCGUGCUCGAGGAUGCGCCUAGUGGGAUCAAGGCGGGCAAGGCAGCCGGGUACAAGGUGAUUGCGCUGUCGACGACGCACUCGAUCGAGAAGAUCCGCGAAGCGGGCGCGGACUGGAUUGUUGAGGAUUUGCGCAGCGUCGUUGUGAAGGGCGUUGUGGAUGGGCAGAUUCAGAUUGAGAUUCGGAACGCGCUGCAAUAG